AUGGACAAGAGCAAGGGCACGGGCCGGUUCGCCUUUACCAAGAAGCGGGAUUCGGACGUCAAUCUCUCCUCCUCCACGCUGCCACUCAGCACCACCACCACCAGCAGUAGUAGCAGCAGCAGCAGCAGCAGAGUUGGAGGCUGCCCUGAACACCAAUCCCAUGGGGCGGACGAGUCGUGGAAGCAGGCGUACAUCUUUGCCGAAGCCGAUUCAGAGAGCAACAUCGUGUUCAGCGCCACCGAAGAUGGACUGCCGCUCGUCAAGGGAGCGACGGUGCUGAAGCUCGUCGAACGGCUUACUUACCCCACGUACCCAGAUCCGGAAUUCGUGGCGUCGUUCCUGCUCACCUACCGGACGUUUGCUACGGCGCGAGAGGUCCUGCGGCUGCUCGCCGCCCGCUUCAACAUCCCCACGCCCAGCGGUCUCACGGACAAAGCGCUCGCCGACCUCAAGCGCGACUACAUCACCCCCGUGCGGCUACGGGUGAUGAACGUGCUGAAGACGUGGCUGGUGAGUCAUUUCUACGAUUUUGAGGGCGAGCAGAUGGUCAAGGACGUGAAGGAGUUUUUUGAGGCGUCGGUCGUCAACGGCGGCGACCUGGUGAUGGCCAAGGCCGGCGCACAGCUCCUGCGCAUCCUCGAGAGACAGAUGUCCGUCUCUGGUGGCGACCAGUGCGAGGGGAAGGAGGAGGUCAAGAAAUCGCACAUGUUCGACGAGCCGCCACCAACGCCCAUCCUCGGGGACCUCCACACCAAGGACCACCUGGGUAACGGAAACCUGGGCCUGUUGGAUGUGCACCCCGAUGAAAUGGCGAGACAGAUGACCCUCGUGGAAUGUGCAUUCUACAUGCGCAUCAAGUCGUGGGAGUGCCUCAACCAGGCGUGGACCAAGGAGGACAAGAUCGAGCGGGCGCCGAACAUCAUGGCCAUGACGGAGCGAUUCAACAAGGUGAGCGCGUGGGUCGUCACGGAGCUCGUGACCGAGAAGGACGACACCACGCGGGUGGCGCGACUCCAGCGGCUAAUCGAGGUGGCGCACGCGUGCUGCGCGCAAAACAAUUUUCACGGUGGCAUGGAGAUCCUCUCCGGCCUGCUGACCGCCGCCGCCCAUCGCCUCAAGCACACCUGGGCCGUGCAAGGCCUGUUCGAGAGCAUCAAGACCACGCUGUCGAGCGAGAAGAACUACCAGACCCUCCGGACCCACUUGCGCACCAUGUCCGGGCCUUGCAUUCCUUAUCUCGGGAUGUUCCUGACCGAUCUGACGUUCAUCGAGGACGGCACACCCAACGAGCUCCCUGGCGGCCUGAUCAAUUUCGCGAAGCGGCGUAGCUUGGCCCAGGUGAUCCGGGAGAUCCAGCAGUUCCAGCAGUGCCCCUUCAAUUUUGAGGCCGUGCCCGCCAUCCAGAAGAUCCUGGAGAACGCCAAGCCCCUCUCCACCGACGACGCCUACAAGCUCUCCCUCGAGAUUGCGCCGCGCGGGUCGCAGCCACUCUCGCAGAAGCAGAUCAAGGAGAUGCGCUCCCGCUACAAGAAGCUCAUGCGCGAGGGCCGGGCCAGCGGUCCGCGUAGAGAGAGGAACGAGGCGGUGGCGGAAAUUGAGCUCGACAUUCCAGAAGGGUAUCCCUUCGGCCAAAAAGAUGAUCCGAGUAACCUGGUCCUGGAGCAGCGAGAGGGCCGUGUUGUGGUCAAGUACGCCACCUUGGAGAAGCUGGUGGAGCGACUCACGCACGCCCGAUACUCUGACACCACGCUGGUGAACAUGUUCUUGUUGACCUAUCGGUCGUUCGUCACGUCGCACGACCUCCUUACGCUCCUGAUGGCGCGAUUUCGGGUGCCGCUGCCCAAGAACAAGAGCGACGAAGUCCUCUCGGCCUGGCGGAAUCAGACGCAGCGACCCAUCCACUGCCGGGUGUUCAACAUGUGUAAGUCCUGGAUCACUAAGUACCUCUACGACAGCGACGCCGUGCGCGACGAGGCCUUCAUCAACCGAUUCCUCGCAUUCCUCGACGAGAUGUCUGCGGUGGACGACGCCUAUCUGCGAGGCGCGGCGGGUCCUCUCAAGGCCAAGCUGACGGCCAAGGCCACCCAGCUGAGCCUGCAGGCUCAGUACAGCCAAUCGGACACGAGCAUGUCGGAGCAGGCGCCUCAAUCGCCGCAGUCGCAGUCGCAGCCUCAGGCGGCGAGUGCGCCCGGGAGCUCGAUGAUGUCCUUCAGCGUGGAGGAGCUGGCGUCGCAGAUCUGUCUCCUGGACCAGGAGCUCUUCGUUCAAAUUCCGACGUGGGAGUUCUGCGUGCAGGCGUGGAAGAAGAAGAAGGACCGGGGCGUGAUGCCCUGCCUCAAAAUCAGCGCCUUCAACGCCCGCCACGCCGCCCUGACGAAUGCGACCACCACCGUGCCCCAGUUGUUGGCGUGGAUUCAAAGCGAGAUCGUGUCGGGGAAGACCACGCGAGAGCGCAGCGCCCGACUUGGCCACUGCCUCAAGAUCAUCGAGGCACGACAAUUCCCCACCAAAUGCUACGUGCUGGGCGACCUCAACGCCGUGGCCACGAUCGUGAGCGCGCUGCAGUUGCCCGCCAUCUCCUCCAUGACCGCGGUGUGGGCCGGCAUGGCGCCCUACCCGGUCGAGGCGUUCGAGAGCAUGAAGCACGUGGUGCAGUCGUGGUCCAACUUUGCCAGUUUUCAGGAUAAGCUCGCCACCAUGACGCCUACGCUGCCCUACCUAUACACGUACACGUCGCAGCUCAUCUGGCUCGAGAUCCAUUCGUCGGACAGCGUGGCCGGGCUGGUCAACUUUGAGAAGUGGCAAGCGAUGGCCGAGAUCGUGUUGGAGCUCCAGCGGAUGCAGCACAGCCAGGUGCGACACUACCUCGAGAACUAUCCGGUCCUCUCCGCCCAACGCAUCGCCGAGCUCGCCCAGCAGGAACUCAGUGAUGAGCCGCCCGGGACAGCAACAAUUCCUGGAAGGUUCAAACGAGUGACCCACCCCGAGGUUCUGGCGAGCAACCCCGCGCUUCGAACGGCCCUGCGCGAUGUUGUGCUGGGCGACCUUAUGGCCACCUUGGAGCAGAAGAACGCGGAGAUCGUGGCCCUCAAGGAGGAAGUGAGCCAGCUACGCGAAGCCCUCCAACGCAUCACCACCACCGCCGCCACCACCACCACUACCACAGACGGCGAUACAUGA